AGCAGGAGAAACCAUCAGCUGUGUCACCGUAGCACAUCGGGAUCCCGCCGCGCUUACCGGACACGCAGCAGCCAUGACAGACAAGGAGGACCUGGUGCAGAAAGCCAAGUUGGCCGAACAGGCCGAGCGCUAUGAUGACAUGGCCGCCGCCAUGAAGGCUGUGACCGAGGAGGGUGGGGAGCUCAGCAAUGAGGAGCGCAACCUGCUCUCUGUAGCCUACAAGAAUGUGGUGGGUGCCAGGAGGUCAUCCUGGAGGGUGGUGUCCAGCAUUGAGCAGAAGUCCGAGGGCAGCGAGAAAGCCACCUUGGCUAAGGAGUACAGGGAGAAAAUCGAGAAGGAGCUGAGGGAGAUCUGCACCGACGUGUUGGCCCUGCUUGACAACCACCUGAUUCCUAAAGCCACACCGGCUGACAGUAAAGUCUUUUACCUGAAGAUGAAGGGAGACUACUACCGCUACCUGGCUGAGGUCGCCACCGGAGAUGACAAGACCGCCAUCAUCAGCAACUCCCAGGAAGCCUACCAGGCGGCUUUUGACAUCAGUUCCAGUGACAUGCAGCCCACCCAUCCCAUACGCCUAGGCCUGGCCCUCAAUUUCUCUGUCUUUUACUAUGAGAUACUGAACUCCCCUGAGAAGGCCUGCAAACUGGCCAAGACGGCCUUUGAUGAUGCCAUAGCCAUGCUGGACUCCCUCAACAGUGACUCCUACAAAGACAGCACCUUGAUCAUGCAGCUGCUCCGGGACAAUCUCACACUGUGGACAUCAGACGCCCAGGGUGAGGGAGAGGAGACGGAGGAGGGAACUGAGAACAACUGAGUCUCAAAUCUGUCCAUUUUUUUUUUUCAAACACACAAUUUUUUACCUCUCACCAGCCUAAGUUGUGUGUGGUUGUUUGUGUGUGCAUACAUGCACAGCUAUGUAUGUAUGUUUGCACUUCACUCUGUGUAUGUGUGUGCGUGUGUGUGUGUGUGUGUGUGUGCGUGCGUGCGUGUGUGCGCGUGUGUGUGCGUGCAUGUUCAGGUACACUGAAGUGUGUGUGCGUGUGUCUGUCACAGGAUGGGAUAAACUUGAUUGUUUAUAUUGAGCAUUACUCAUUGUGUGAAGCAACUGAUGUUUGACCUGAGUUUGUGGUUUAACAGGAAGCUGACAUGAAUCUCAGACCUAAUCGGGCCCAUCGUCUUCAGCCCGCUUCACUGUAGCGUACUGCUGCGUUAACAAAAAGGAAAAAGAUGUGGAACUCCAACUUUGGUGGUUGUGGUGGUUUUUAUGGUGGUAUCUUUACAGACAUGGAAAAAAUUGCUUAAAAGCCCAUAAAAUUAACAAAAAAAAAAGUUGUAAACCCUAGAGCUUUUCCGGUUGUUUUGAGAAGAUGCAAUUUCUUUUUUCUUUUAAUAUGACUGCCGUAUCCUAAAUAGCCAUCUGGUUUUCCCGAAUGUCAGAUGUGGUGAGGUGGUUUUAAUUCAAGGUCCCAUGAAACGGCGUUUAGAGCACCACAAACAUUUCAUUCGUAUAACUGAAUGAAACGAAAGUCGGGUGGGAUCAAUUUGAUUUUCUUACCUGGAUCAUGCAUCAAGACAGGCGGGUGGGAUUUUGUGAGGGUAGAGAGCUUGGUUUGACUCACAGCUAAUAAUGGCCGGCUAUUGGCUAAUUUCAAUUUGGUGGUAGAGAACACUCGUCUUUCUCUGUCUCCCUCCCAAUUCAUUAGACUGUUGUAUUUUGUUGUGUUUUUUUCUCUCCUAUUAUUUUUUUGGUGUAUGCCCGCAGUUGCAGGAUGGCGUGACUAAUAUACAAUUUGUCAUUUGUCAGGAAGAGAAAAACAUUCUUCUUUAAAUCACAGGAGGAUUUUUGUGUCGAUUUCUAGACCAUAGUGUCAAAUAGAUGUAAACUGAGUGCAGAUAAGCGGUAACAAGAAUGAAAAUACUCUUUGCAUUUCAUGGGAUCUUUAAGGAUACAAGAUUCAUGGGUCAGAUCACUGCACGUUUUGGCUAAGGGUAGGGGUCACGUUGGUUUUCAAGGGCACAAUAUGGCUGACGGUGGGUCACAACUGUUUUUAACUGACAUCUCUUCAGCUUGGGUGAAAUGGGAAUACCUUAUUUUCUUGUAUCAUGACAAAAAGGUGUAGACGACCUUAGAACAAAGUUAACUUGAUACAAUGGCUUGAUACUGUAACUUUAAUAUUUUAUCUUCUCAGCAGUGUGGCGAACACUUUGCCAUUUGCUUUCUGUGGUUACUUGCUAUUUUCUAUUGAGGUGGUUUGUAUUAAUUGUGUAUUUUAUCCCCCUUUUGCCUUUUGUUUUGAUACCUGGAAUGUACAUGGUUUUCAGUAGUAUGGGAGGUUAGGGUGGAGAGCGCUUUGGGAUUUGCAAUUUUUUUAUUAAUAUUUUUGCUUGCGUUAGGUAAUUUGCAGGUAUGUCUACUGAGGAAGUACAUGGUGGAAAGGCAAAUAGGAUUUUUAAAAGAUGCUACAAAUUGACAAAAAAGUAGCACUUUGGAGAAAGCCACACUACAACCUGAUUACAUACGAGUGGUGCCAACUUCUUAAAAUUAUGAUACUUAGUAAAAAAAAGAAAAGAAAAAAAAAGCUGGGGUGCAAGAUUUAACAUUCACAAAUGUUCAAAUUGAACACUUGAUUAUCUGUUUUGGUUACGUGCUUUCGUGUAAGUGGAAUUAAACAUUCUUAAAACCAAAUGUCACAUGUGUUUGCGAC